AUGGCCAUGACAGGCCCCACGCCGUGCUCGUCCAUGAGUAACCACACCAAGGAGAGAGUGACAAUGACAAAGGUGACCUUAGAAAACUUCUACAGCAACCUCAUUGCACAGCAUGAAGAGAGAGAGAUGAGGCAAAAGAAACUAGAACAGAUGAUGGAAGAAGAAGGCUUAAAAGAUGAAGAGAAAAGGAUCAGGAGAUCAGCACAUGCACAGAAGGAGACAGAGUUUCUUCGCCUGAAGAGGACAAGGCUUGGACUGGAGGACUUUGAGUCUCUCAAAGUAAUAGGCAGAGGAGCAUUUGGAGAGGUUCGACUGGUGCAGAAGAAGGACACAGGACACGUUUAUGCCAUGAAGAUCCUGCGCAAGGCUGACAUGCUGGAGAAGGAGCAGGUUGGCCACAUCCGUGCAGAGAGGGACAUCCUGGUGGAGGCAGACAGCCUGUGGGUGGUGAAGAUGUUCUAUAGCUUUCAGGACAAGCUAAACCUCUACCUGAUCAUGGAGUUCCUGCCUGGAGGUGACAUGAUGACACUGUUGAUGAAGAAAGACACUCUGACAGAGGAGGAGACACAGUUCUAUAUUGCUGAGACUGUGCUUGCCAUUGAUUCUAUCCAUCAGCUGGGAUUUAUCCAUCGGGACAUCAAACCAGACAACCUCCUGCUGGACAGCAAGGGCCAUGUGAAACUCUCCGACUUUGGUCUGUGUACUGGGCUGAAGAAAGCUCACAGAACAGAAUUUUACAGGAACUUGAACCACAGCCUUCCCAGUGACUUUACUUUCCAGAACAUGAAUUCCAAGAGGAAAGCAGAGACUUGGAAGAGGAAUAGGAGACAGUUGGCUUUUUCUACUGUGGGAACUCCAGAUUACAUUGCCCCUGAAGUUUUCAUGCAGACUGGCUACAACAAGCUGUGUGACUGGUGGUCCCUGGGGGUCAUCAUGUACGAGAUGUUGAUUGGUUAUCCACCAUUCUGUUCUGAGACUCCUCAAGAGACCUACAAGAAAGUGAUGAACUGGAAAGAGACUCUGACAUUUCCUCCAGAAGUUCCAAUCUCUGAUAAAGCAAAGGAUCUGAUUUUAAGAUUUUGCUGUGAAUGGGAGCACAGAAUUGGUGCAUCUGGUGUGGAGGAAAUAAAGAGUAACCCAUUCUUUGAAGGGGUUGAUUGGGAGCACAUCAGAGAGAGACCUGCUGCCAUUUCAAUAGAAAUUAAAAGCAUUGAUGAUACCUCAAACUUUGAUGAAUUUCCAGAGUCUGAUAUCCUUAAACCAACAGGUAACAACCACCCAGAGACUGACUACAAGAACAAGGACUGGGUUUUUAUCAACUACACCUACAAACGCUUCGAAGGCCUCACAGCCCGAGGGGCAAUCCCAUCCUACAUGAAAGGAGGGAAGUAA